CCGAACGCACUACCGAGGGCUGCUCACAAGAUGAUCCCGCCUGCCGUCAUGGACAAUCACACUGAAAAUUACAAUUAUGGCGCUUAUUUUGCACCAUAUAGAUCGGAGGGAAUGGAAAUGCUAGGCGAGGGUCUGACGGGCGAGAAUCUGGCGGCCAUCCCGGAGCACUGGCUGUCGUACCCCGCUCCGCCCGCUAGCGCUCACACCAUGCUCGCGCUCGUCUACGUGUUCUUCACUGCCGCCGCUCUCAUCGGAAACGGACUCGUCAUAUUCAUUUUCUCCGCUUCAAAGUCACUUCGAACGCCUAGCAACCUUUUGGUCGUGCAGCUGGCGGUGUUGGAUUUCUUAAUGAUGCUGAAAGCGCCGAUAUUUAUUUACAACAGUAUAAAGCGUGGUUUCGCAUCAGGCGUUAUUGGAUGUCAGAUAUUCGCUUUCAUGGGCUCGGUGAGCGGAAUCGGAGCAGGACUGACCAACGCUUGCAUAGCUUACGAUAGACACUCUACGAUCACGCGACCGCUGGACGGGCGGCUGUCGCGCGGCAAAGUGCUCCUGAUGAUGGUGUGCGUGUGGGUAUACACGGCGCCCUGGGCCAUCUUACCGCAGCUGCAGAUCUGGGGCAGAUAUGUGCCUGAGGGUUUUCUGACAUCUUGUACAUUCGACUACCUCACCGCGACAUUUGAUAACAAACUGUUCGUGGGGUGCAUGUUUGUCUGCGUCUACAUUUUCCCCAUGACCGCCAUCUUGUACUUCUACAGCGGUAUUGUAAAACAAGUGUUUGCACAUGAAGCCGCAUUAAGAGAACAAGCGAAGAAAAUGAACGUAGAUUCCUUGAGGUCGAAUCAAAACGCGGCUGCGGAGUCUGCGGAGAUACGCAUCGCAAAGGCAGCGCUCACUGUUUGCUUCCUGUACGUCGCCUCGUGGACUCCCUACGGCGUCAUGUCGCUCAUCGGGGCCUUUGGAGACCAGAAUCUUUUAACACCGGGGGUAACAAUGAUACCCGCCCUUGCAUGCAAGGGUGUCGCCUGUAUCGACCCUUGGGUUUAUGCCAUCAGCCAUCCGAAAUACAGACAAGAACUGCAAAAGCGAAUGCCAUGGCUACAGAUCGACGAACCCGAUGAUAAUGCCUCCAACUCAACCAGUAACACGGCCAACAGCUCGGCUCCCGCAUAACUACGAACAUAUACUGACAUACAACGCGCAUAAACUUACUGAUUAUUACGACAUAACUUGCUUUAUGGAAAAAAAAUAUUUAAGGGAUCUAUAAUUAUUACCGAAAAGUUAUAUAAUACUUAGAUAUUAUUCAUUUAUUAACCUCGAUAUAUGCAAUAAUAUGCUCAAAAUGAGUAAAACUGAAAAAAAAAGUUAAACUAUAUAUAGUUUAUUCAAUAGAUAAUGAUGAACUGGCGCGAAUAAUGGACUACGACAUAUUGUAUCUAUUUAUGUUUCUAUUCUUAAUAGCAAAGAAUUUCAAUAAACAGAA